ACGAACAAAUUUCCUUGGUUAACAAUAAUUGUAGUUUUACCAAUAUUUGCAGGGUCCUUAAUUUUCUUUCUUCCCCAUAAAGGAAAUAGGGUAAUUCGGUGGUAUACUAUAUGUAUAUGCAUGUUAGAACUUCUUCUAACAACCUAUGCAUUCUGUUAUCAUUUCCAAUUGGACGAUCCAUUAAUCCAACUAGUAGAGGACUAUAAAUGGAUCAAUUUUUUUGAUUUCCGUUGGAAAUUAGGAAUAGAUGGACUGUCUCUAGGACCCGUUUUAUUAACAGGAUUUAUCACUACUUUAGCUACUUUAGCGGCCUGGCCCGUUACUCGGGAUUCUCGAUUAUUCCAUUUCUUGAUGUUAGCAAUGUACAGUGGUCAAAUAGGAUCAUUUUCUUCUCGGGACCUUUUACUAUUUUUCAUCAUGUGGGAAUUAGAAUUAAUUCCAGUUUAUCUACUUCUAUCCAUGUGGGGAGGAAAGAAACGUCUCUACUCAGCCACAAAAUUUAUUUUGUACACGGCGGGGGGUUCCAUUUUUCUCUUAAUGGGAGUUCUGGGUGUCGGUUUAUAUGGUUCGAAUGAACCAACAUUAAAUUUUGAAACAUCAGUUAAUCAGUCGUAUCCUGUGGCUUUGGAAAUCAUAUUCUAUAUUGGAUUUUUAAUUGCUUUUGCUGUCAAAUUGCCGAUUCUACCCCUACAUACAUGGUUACCAGAUACCCACGGAGAGGCACAUUACAGUACUUGUAUGCUUCUAGCCGGAAUUUUAUUAAAAAUGGGAGCGUAUGGAUUGAUUCGGAUUAAUAUGGAAUUAUUACCACACGCUCAUUCUAUAUUUUCUCCUUGGUUGAUGGUAGUAGGCACAAUACAAAUAAUCUAUGCAGCUUCAACAUCUCUCGGCCAACGUAAUUUAAAAAAAAGAAUAGCCUAUUCCUCCGUAUCUCAUAUGGGUUUCAUACUUAUAGGAAUUGCUUCGAUAACCGAUACGGGACUCAAUGGAGCUAUUUUACAAAUAAUCUCUCAUGGCUUUAUUGGUGCUGCACUUUUUUUCUUGGCGGGAACGAGCUAUGAUAGAAUACGUCUUGUUUAUCUCGAUGAAAUGGGUGGAGUAGCUAUCCCCAUGCCAAAAAUCUUUACAAUGUUCAGUAGUUUUUCCAUGGCUUCCCUUGCAUUACCGGGUAUGAGUGGUUUUGUUGCAGAAGUGCUAGUAUUUUUAGGAAUAAUUACCAGCCAAAAAUAUCUUUUAAUGCCCAAAAUUGCCAUCACUUUUGUAAUGGCAAUUGGAAUGAUAUUAACUCCUAUUUAUUUAUUAUCUAUGUCACGCCAGAUAUUCUAUGGAUACAAGUUAUUUAAUACUCCAAACUCUUAUGUUUUUGAUUCUGGACCGCGCGAGUUAUUUGUUUCCAUCUCCAUUUUUAUACCCGUAAUAGGUAUUGGUAUGUACCCCGAUUUUGUUCUUUCACUAUCAGUUGACAAGGUUGAAGGUAUUCUAUCUAAUUAUUUUUAUAGAUAG